AGGGGGGAGGCCAAGCGCACAGGUCCUAACAGGGAAGAAGUGGGCAGGUCCUGGCAGGGAAGAGUUGUGGCGGUAGCAGCUCUGGGUCUAGGCGGCUCCAGCGGGAUGGAGUCGCGUACUGUGGAUGUCCCGGCGGGCCAAGCAGAGCGAGCCGCAGGCGGAGGCGUGGCAAGCGGCAGCGCCGAUUUGGAGCCCGCGGUGUCUGCGCCCUUGGCAGCCGCCCGGUGGAAGCUCCUGCGGCAGGUUCUGAAGCAAAACCUCCUGGAUGAUUGUCUACAACGUGUAUCUGUAAGAAGAUUUGAAUCAUUUAAUCUGUUUUCAGUGACAGAAGCCAAAAAAAUGGAAACUGAAGAGGAGGUUGGCGCAUGGGUCCAGUAUACAAGUGUUUUCUAUCCUGAAUACAGUAUCUCCUUAAGGCAUAAUAGUGGACCCUUGAAUGUUGAAGACGUUCUUACCAGCUUUGACAAUACUGGAAAUGUUUGCGUCUGGCCAUCUGAAGAGGUUUUGGCUUACUACUGCCUCAAGCACAGGAGUAUGUUCAGAGACCUUGCUGUGUGUGAGCUAGGGGGUGGCAUGACAUGCUUGGCUGGGCUCAUGGUUGCUAUUUCUGCAGAUGUCAAAGAAGUUCUGUUAACUGAUGGAAAUGAAAAGGCCAUCAGAAAUGUGAAAGACCUGAUCACAAGAAAUCAGAAAGCUGGUGUGUUUAAGACUCGGAAAAUAUCAAGCUGCAUUUUACGAUGGGAUAAUGAGACAGAUGUCUCUCAACUGGAAGGACAUUUUGACAUUGUUAUGUGUGCUGACUGCCUGUUUCUGGACCAGUACAGAGCCAGCCUUGUUGAUGCAAUAAAGAGAUUACUCCAGCCCAGGGGGAAAGCAAUGGUAUUCGCCCCUCGCCGAGGGAAUACUUUAAACCAGUUUUGCAAUCUAGCUGAAAAAGCUGGUUUCUCUAUCCAAAGACAUGAAAAUUAUGAUGAACACAUUUCAAACUUCCACUCCAAGUUGAAAAAGGAAAACCAGGACGUUUAUGAAGAAAACCUUCAUUACCCACUUCUGCUUAUGUUAACCAAAAAUGGAUAGAUGAUUAAGAUCCUUAGAAGAAGAAAACAUCAAGAGCACAGUGGAAUAUUUUCACAGAAACAGCAGUCUGUUGUGGGCAUAAUAUACAGCAAGCCACUGGCUCCCCGGGACUUGAGAGCCCCCAGGACUCGGGCUCCCACCACCUCUGCGCCAUUCCACGUGUAGAUUGUGCAGCCCACCUGUCUUCAGCCACGUUACUCCUCAGCCAUCCUCGCCCCGCGCCUUGGUCUCCUUUUAUUCUCAGCCUGCUUGUUGCCUUUCCUGCACCAAACCUUUGUUUGUCUUUAAAAACUUACAAGCAGCCUGUCCUGAGUUUUCACUUUGACCCAUGAGCAACCUAAAUGUUUCCCCUUCUAAUUGAGACAGAAUUUCUUUUGGUGAUUCCCACCCAAUCCCCCUUUUAUUUAAAAUUGUUGAUCUUUGUUCUAUUUUUGAUGGUGGUCGUUUUUAAUCUGUAAAUAGAAAACACAAUUCUUGCCCAGUUUAAAAAAAUAAAGCACAUCUUUCUGAUCUCCCUCAAAUUAA